AUGGCAUACGUUGAUCCUCGAGUGGCGAGCUGGCAGGAACUGCUCGGAGAGGCGAACGAUGAGACGGUCCCACCCGGUUUCCAAGUCCAUGGGUUCAUGGACCACCAUCUGAACGGAGUGUAUAUUCGCAGUCGCGAGACGACGCCCGGAGACAGGGCAAGGUAUCACACCUACUGGUGCGUUUCCACUGGCACCUUCGCGUGGUGGCAAGAGAAGAAGCAACGCUACUGCGUGAGUUUUCCUACAGACCCGAUCAAUGGCAACUUAUGGCAAAGAGUGAAGACAGGAGAAGAAUGGGCCGUGGCAUGGUACCGCCCGAUCUUUGCAGCGGAUGGUUCGGUGGGCGACAUGGAGGACCGCUGGAUGGAACUACACCCGGACACGGGCGUGCUGGAACUACACCCCAGAGGUGCCAUCACCUACAACAAGCUCGACCGUCAGGAGGUUUUUGCCUACCUGCGGGCCAGCAUG